AUGUCUUUUGGUAAUCUCAGUAACAGUUUCCAGGCUUAUGAUAAUGAUUUUGGCCUUGGUCAUAAUGGUGCUAGAAUAUCAUUGAACUAUUUUGAUGGUAUUCCAGAACAAAAUCUUUUAAGCUCUCUAGUAAGUAAUAAUUUAAGAUUAAUUUUUAAAUCUUUGUUAAAGAGAGAUGAUACCACUAAAGAAAAAGCUUUGAAUGAUUUGAACGGAUUGAUUGAUGAUGAUCUAUCGAAACAAUUAGGUAAAGAAUCUCAAUUCAAUGAUGAUAUAUUUUUAAUUUGUUGGUCUCAAAUUUUUGCUAAAUUGAUUACGAAUGAAUCAAAAUCUAUUAGAAUUUCAAGUAAUUCAUUUACAAUUAAAUUAAUAUCACUAUUAAAUAAAUCAAUAUCCAAAUUUUUAAAGGAUUUUAUACCUUUUCUGUUAUUAGGUACAUGUGAUACAGAUUCAAUGGUUAGUAAGACAUGUAAAACAGAAUUUGAAAAAUGUUUCAAUAAUGAUCAAAUGAAAUUGAAUGCUCUUUGGAAAGUAUUCCAAGAACAAAUAAUUUGUUUAAUUAAAGAAAUUUUAGUUAAUGAAUCUGUAGAUACUAUUUCUGACCAACGAUACAUUGAUGCUGAAGAAGCUAGAUUUAAAUAUAAUAGAUUAAGUACAAGUGCAAUUAAUUUAUUAAUCCUGACAAUAAAUGCAAAUGAUGAAACUUAUGUAAAGGCAGAUUUCAAGGAUAUUUAUAAAGAUAUCUUAUCAAGUGGAUCCUUUUGGAAAUCUUUUAAUUUAUUGACUACAUUUAAUUUGAAAAAAUACCAAUCCAUUUUAAAUUUAAUUUAUAUCCUUUAUUCGACUAAAUUUUUCAAAUAUAAUAAAGACAUUUUUAAAACUGCAAUAAGAAAUAUGUUUAAAUCAUUGACUCAAAUAAACAAGAAGAAUAUUGCUAAUUUGAAUACUCUCAUCCCAAUGAUAUUGGAUACAUUAGUCAAAUUGACAGAAUACAAGGAUGGUAGGAUUUGGUCAUAUGAUAAAGAUUCUAAUAAAAAAUUACAAGAAUUCUUAUCCGUCACUUCUAAGAAUGUCACCCCUCAUUACUACGAUAACUUGUUCCAACUUUAUAAUGCUACUAAACCUUUAAAUUUAUUGGAAGUUGAAAAGGAAUGGUUACCAAUUUGGGAAAACAGUCUGGGCGCAUUAAACAAUAAACCAUUUAUUGGAAGAUAUGGAGCUCAAUUAUUUAGUGAAUUUUGGAAAAACUUUCACAAAUUUUUGGAACAAAAUCCUGAAAUCAAUGAAGAGCAUUUACAAGGAUGUAUAAUGAAAACAUUGAAAAAUGGAAAUUCGAUGGAUGCAUUACCAGAUUUGAAGAAUGUUUUUCAAGAUAUUGUGAGGGCAGAUCAUUUGGAGGAACUUUUUGAAAACACUAUCUCUCAACUUGAUGCAGAAAGUGCUCAACUACCGAAACAUUAUAUUUAUAACAUUCUUACAAUAUUAUUGGUGUGCCCUUCUAAUGAGGAUUCUUUAAAGAAAUUAUCCACGUUUGCCCUCGAAAAGUUGUCAAAUGACCCGUCCCCAGUAGUUCAGCAAGAACUAUUUACUCUUUGCAAGAAGUUAAUUGACUCCAAAUCUAACGCCAUAGGGGAAGAACUUUCCAACGUAAUAUAUGAAUUACCUACAUGGGUAGAAAAAUCAAAUUAUAAAUCCGCAAUGGAUAUACUUAUUAAAUAUUCAAAUUCGGAAUUCAUAGAGACUAGUGAUAACUGGCAAUCUUCAAUACAAGAUUUUUUCACAGUUUGUUUGUCCCUAGAUAUUAAAUCCUCUGAAAUCAUUACUCUGAUGGCAUCCAUAAACAGAAAUUGUUAUGAACAGUUAGUGUUAUCAGAUGAUACAGUCAAGAAUUAUGUUGAGAAUUAUAUUGAUAGUUUUUCAUUUGAAAGCGUUGAUGACUUAAAGACACUAUUCCAAUCACAUCUUAUUGAUGAUCACCUCUUAUUACGUAUAUUUACUAAAGCAGAAGCGUCUAAUAAAAUCCCAGAAUUUGUUCAAUGUGCCUCAUUACUAUCAAACCAAUUGAAAAAAUACUUGUUUUUGGAUUCCUCAUUUCUUUUCAAGACAAUGUUCGUAAUUUCUGAUGACACAACUAAUAAAGUAUAUGAUAUGGUAUCUACAUCUAUUGGUAAAUCAACUUCUGAUGAUAAUAAUUCAAUUUCUAUCAAGUUAUGUUCUAUUGUGAUAAAUCAUAUUAGACAUUCCCAAGUGAUUAUUACUGAUACAAAUGCUAAGGAAUUACCAUGUUUAAACAUUGCAAAGGAUAUAAUUAAGUUAAAUCCGGAAACUAUUCGUCAUUUUAUACCUAUACAAAUUGAUGAAUUCUUCUUAGAAUAUGUUCCUCAUAUUGAUAGUAGAAUUAGCAUCACCAGCACCAUGUCAAUUAAUUCAUUUUUAAUUCCAUUGGAUGAUGAGAUUCAAGAUAUUUCAAAGUGGUUGGAAGUUAUUAAAGUAGGUCUAUUCUUGGAUUAUUUAGUGUCUGAAAACGAACAUCUUCUUUCUGACGAAUUGAUAGUUCUGUUUUCAAUAAUUGCUGAACUGGCAGACGACUAUAACGCUAUAUCAGAUACACCAGAUCCAUUGAUAUGUAAUUUUACUCAUACUUUGGUAAAAUCGGAAAUAUCAAAGGAUAUUUGUCUUGAAAACACAUUAGCUGCUAUAUCUGGUAAUGAUGGUGAUACUGAGAAUAUUCUCUCUGUAAUCUUAUCAAAUAUUAAUGAUGUCACAACUUUCUACAAACUUAGAGUGCUCCACAGGGUCCUAGAGAAUGAAAACGACCAGAUGUCGAAACUUACUCUGAUUUCUUUUAUUCCAAAGAUAGAAAAAUAUGUAAUUGAUGCAGUAAGAGGGAAGGAUAUAAAUCCCUCAAGAUAUCUGUUAUCUGCUGUCCUCCUGUCAUUAUUAUCGGAAAUUCCAGAAAAUGAAACAUGCUCUAAAUUAAGAACUCUGCUUGCUGCUGAUUGUAUAGGUGUUAGAGAGUCUGAAUUGUUACAGGAAAAGAACAAGACAAAGCAAUCAUUGAUUUUAUUAUUAACCAUGUUACGAGUAGAUAGUGCUAGCGUUGGCAUAAACGAUUUUGUUCCUAUCGCUCCCCAACGUCUAAAUAUGGUUCUUAAGACAAUUGAAAAAUGGUUAGAUAGCGAUAUUAUUUAUGAACCAAGUUUCAUUGGGAUGCGCUUAAUAUUGCUAAACUUCUUUUAUUUAAUUAUGAAAUAUCCAGCAGUUGUGGAUAUGAAUGAACAUUUGUUAGACAUUGCCAGCAAAUUAUUAGUUGAUUCGUUGUCAAUGUGUCAAUUAGAUGAUACACAAUAUUUAUUUUCCUUGAGAAAAUAUUCAUUACAGUUGUGUAAUACCGUUGAACAAUUUAAUUCAUCAGAUGCAUUUACAGAUGAGUUUGCUGAUGAUAUAAAUGACAAUAUUCAGGAGUUAUGUUUUAUCGAGUUCAAGUCAGAAUCAAAUAACCAAAUUUCAAUGUCAUUUUAUAGACAGCUGUUCAACUUUAUUUCUUCAAAUAUAAAAUCAAAGGAUCUUCUGUCUUACUAUGACAGAUUUUUUAAAGCGUUUUUAUCCUUUGAACCAAAUACAUUUAAAUCAGUGGGUCAAAAGCGUGUGAUUACCUUAGUAUUGGGAAAAAUUAUUAAAGAAAGACAACAGAACCAAGUUAUUGAAUUUGAACUAAAGCAACAACAACUUCAUCCACAUUCUCAUGAAGAUGAGGAUAUAUUCUUCGAUGCUCGUGAAGAUUUAGAUAACAAUUCAGAUGAUAGUUCAGAUGAUGAUAAUGACUUUAAGAUUCCACUUGAAUUGAUCAAUAAACUAAAUGACAAUUUCCCUGUAGAAUAUCUAGAAUACUGUGAAAAAACUGAAUUCAUCACAUACUUAUGGAAUUGGCAUUUGACCUUACAAUUCUUUGAAAAUAUCUCGUAUAAAAUGCGUCAAUUAUAUAUAGAACAAUUAAAGGAGCAUGAUUUGAUUAAUAAGAUGUUUGAUUUUAUUAGUGACCAAAUUGAUCUGAAUGAGAUUAAUUUCUUCGAAGAACAACUCGCAGGCUACAAUAUUGGCCAUUACGCAAAAAUGGAAAAUGAGUUCAUGACACAUAAUGAGGAUUUAUCGAAUGAAUCUAAGUAUUUAAUGGCACAUUUGAUGUAUGAACUGUUCAAUAAUGUAGGGUCAUUGACUAGUGCAUGGUUCUUAAAUAUUAGGGACAGAUCCUUGCAAAACAAAAUUGAUAAAUUUGUGUCUCAGUUUAUAUCUCCAUUAUUGAUAUCUAGUGAAAUAGAUGCUGUUUCUAAGAAGGUUGAAGAAUUAGAAAAGAAAGAUGAUGCACUUUCUAUUAAGAUUAAUCAAGUUACAAAUGAAAUCAAGGCCAGUUAUCUGAUAGAUGAGCAGAAUUUGGUCAUUUCUUUCAAACUACCAAGUAACUAUCCUUUAAACAAUGUUGAUGUUAUAGGUGUUUCAAGAGUUGGUAUUACUGAACAAAAGUGGAAACAAUGGAUUAUGUCUACUCAACAUGUCAUAACAGGUAUGAACGGUUCUGUUCUUGAUUCUCUGGAGCUAUUCACUAAAAAUGUUCAUUUACAAUUUUCUGGUUUUGAAGAAUGUGCUAUUUGUUAUUCUAUCUUACAUGCAGUCGAUAGAAAGCUACCAACAAAAAUAUGUCCAACAUGUAAUAACAGAUUCCAUGGUGCUUGUCUAUACAAGUGGUUUAGAUCAUCUGGUAACAACACAUGUCCAUUAUGUCGUGGUGAGAUCCCAUUUAGAAAAUAG